CUGCUGGGACAUCCACUCUCCCCGCAGCCAUUUCAUCUCACUUUCGCACGUCCGGAAGGGAGUGUUCUUGUACUGGCGCAUUGUGGGUUGCUACGUGUCCAUGAUGCGAUCUCAGUCACGUUUGUGCCAUGCACGAGGCUGAUCAACACCAUCCCACGGCUGGUUCACCCUUGCGCACUAGCUUAGCAGGCUGUCGUUUUGAAUUCUCGUUGUACUGUGCUUUUCUCCACCAGGCUAGCGGGCUCAGAGCUCUUGAUCCCAUGCUCCUUGUGAAAGCCAACUAUGUCAGCUAAACCUCCCUACGUCCUUCCCCCCAAUGGGCCCUCCUCGUCCUCUGACCGUCCUGCGACAUUGAUCUUCCUGCACGGCUAUGGCGACGAUGCAGAGGGUCUGCCAUUGGGCCUGGCUCAGCAAUUCCAGUUUUACAACAAGAUGCCAUAUCUGAAGUGGAUUUUGCCCAAUGCGGAUCACAACCACGAAGCCAUGACUCGAGCGUGGUACAUGCCCAAAUCUCUGCCGAGCGCGAUGAAGCCACGAGUGCCGGGUCAUGAAGAAGAGGAGGAUGCGCCGGAUGAUGAAGAAGGUAUCAUGAAGAGCGUGGAUGCCGUAGACAAGCUGGUAGAAGAAGAAAUUAAGAGCGGCACACCACCGGACAGAAUCGUUGUUGGCGGCUUCAGCCAGGGAUGCGCAGUGAGCCUUGUCUGGGGAUUGACCGGACGAUUGAGGCACGAGGUUGCAGGGAUGGUGUGCUUGAGCGGAUACUUCCCUCUCAAAGACCGAAUUGGCCAGUUGCAGAAAGACAGACCCGCGCAAGGCUCAGAGCAAAGCAAUGGGCCAGCAAAGGGGAGAAAGAAGUGGUUCUACGUCCACGGAACCAAAGACAUGAUGGUUCCGACGAGACUCUACACCCAAGGCAAAGAGGAAAUGUCCACGUGGGUUGAUCGAGCGGACAUAGAAGAGCACAUGUAUGAAGGGAUGGGCCAUUCGACAAGUGCUGCCGAGUUGCGGGAUCUGUUGGGAUUCUUCGAAGCAGUGAUUCCUCCUUGA